AAAGCUACGGAGUAAAUAAGCCGUAAGUUUGAGUGUGAACUGGUACUCUGACGUCGACAAAUCAUGUUGGGUUGGGCUUUGGGGCAAGACGCUAGAACGACUUAGUCUGACCCCAAGAAGUCUAUCAGCCGCGCGCUACAGGAAAAAGCGGGCAAGCAAUCAGUUCAUGAUGUCGUCAAAAUGUCAAUCUUCGCCUUGUAAACUUACGGUUGAUUACCCUGCCGUACACUCCAUAUAAAGUACGAUCGUGUCAGCUACUUCAACUUGAUCUCGCAGAUGGCCAAACCAUGAAGAGAUCGAUGCUCUACUAUUACUGUCAGCACAACUCCGAUUUAUGAUAGUCGCUGUCCAUUGCUCUUAUCUCUCAUCCUAAGAACCUUCAUAAUGACUAAUUAUCCUAGCGUUAGUGACAACGAAGCCGAACCCGAAAGUAUACCCAUAUCCGCAACCAAAGCAUCGGCGUCAACACAUAUUUCUCAAGAAAAGCUGGCGAUACAAACUACGACUUCAAACCUGGGCCACUCUAGAACUGGACCCGAGGAUGACGAACCGAAGUCGGUGAUACAUAACCCGGCUGGCUCUAGUGGAUUUAAACUAAAUGCCUGGCAAUCGUCGGACAAAACACCCAUGUUCCAAGAACAGAUAAUUACGUCUUCAGGAUCUCCUGCAAGUAUUAAAGUUACUUCUGAAAGUAUAGGAGACCAAAGAGCAAAGAGGUUCUCCAAUAGUUCCAUAUCGCCUCCUCCGCUGACCACUAGUAUUGAACCCACAAGGGAUUGGGCUGAAAGGGGGACACCACGCGCACAGACGAGGCAGGACUUCGACGAUAUUGACAAAAGAUUACAUUUAAGUAGUCUCAAAGAUAUACCGGAAGGUAUCCAUAGCUACAAGAGAACCACUGGGAGUGAUGAUCAAGCAGCAGAUCAGCCUGUUUUAAAGAAUGAGUAUUCUCCUAUGGGGAGUGCUGAGAUAACGGCGUUGCAGGCAGCCCUUGUUGAGUGCUGGUCGCUUUGCAACACUCUUGCCACCCUAAACUCAAUCCACCGGGAGCGAGGUAGUUUCGCUGUUGAGACCCAAGACGACGCCUGGAAGUCAUGCUGGCGGCUGUGUCAGCAGCUAUACGCAGGCCAAGUAGAUGAUUAUGCGUCCCAAGUUAACCCAACACUUGAUCUUUGCCGCAACUUCUGCCAAACUUUAUUUGAAACUCGGGCUCGCGACAGUGAGGUUUCAGACUCGGUUCUCCGCGUGAGCUUUGAGCUGAACAAUCAUCUAUAUAAUACACACGACCGUAACCUCCCAGAUGCAUUUAGGGAACGAACUCUCGACUUUUACAUCACACUAUGCCAUCGACUAAUGAAACAAAGAGAUUGCGUACCAGGUACAGACUCACUCCUAAGCGCCUGCUGGUCCUUGGCCGAGAUGCUGUUCAGUAUACGUCAGAACAAAAAAGAAGGCCGUGUGGUAGACGAAGAAUUGCUAGGUUCGGCAGUCCAAGCAUGCUGGGAACUUUGUGAUAUUUUCCGAGAAGGAUGGACGCAGAGGAAUCUAUGGAAUUCUGACCGUGGAACACCUCGACCAAGCCAGGCGACCUUUACAUUAGCUGAGAAACAAAUUAAGCAUUCUAAUAUUGCUCGGGCCGAGGACGCCCUACUCUGUCAGAGAAACCCUGAGACGCCAACAACGAUAUUCGAAGAUAUUGGCACUAUUUCUCCCAACGAAGGGCCCGCUCAGAACAUUUUCAUGUCUGGCCAGGGUCAAGACAAGGCUUCACGCGCUAACUGGUCAUCGAAUGCAUCAAGUAUCUCAGGGAAGAGUCAUUCUUCUCAGAGAACAUCCUCAACAAACACAGUUAUAACACUCUCUAGCGACUCGAAUAUAAACGGUCUCAGGGUUCUAAUCGCCAAGGCAGCCUUGAACAACGGAUUUCGGCGCAAUGGAUCCCAAGGUCUUCCAUCCUUUGUUAAGUCACUGUCAUCAGACGCCUUCGGGUCUGCUCCCUGGCAAGUGGCUCUUCUGAAACAUUACAAGAGUCUGGUAGUGUUCGAACCCACGUUUCAAGAUAUUGAGUCUGCGACCAGGGCAAGCGCGAUGGAUAUAUCUAAGGCGGUUAAGCUUAUGGCCCAGAGUGGGCGGUAUGUCUGGCUAUCUGACCUCUACCGCCUUGUAUUCGGUUUCCAUGUUGAAGAGGGAAUGAACUGUGACGCGAUUAUAUUACAGAUAUAGUCAAACUUCAUAUACUCUCUUAACAGUAUUAGAGGUAGCUUAAGAUAAAUAUCUGUUUCCUUUUCACUUGACAAUACAUACUGCUUCUGUAUAUACUAUGGUUAAGUUUUCUUUGGGUUGUAUGGCUCACGAUUACUGCAACUAGUUUUGUUUGUUCUCCUUAUUUUGACGUGGUAUAAUUGCAAAUUUAACGAUAUCAAAAGAAGCUACUCACCUGAAGAGUGAAAAAAAGAGUUAAAAGGUCAAUCUCUCACCCUACAGUCUGCAGAACAAUCCAGCAUGUUUUAAGUCGAAAGGCAGUCAGCUAACUACCAAUGGUUUACGGAUAUAGUAGGUUCAGAAAACCGCGUUUAGGGAGCUGGUGCUUUCUUCUGUUCACUGUUCAUACAAAAAC